AUGAACAGCAGUGGUCAAUCAUACCCGUUGGCCUCCCUGUACGUAGGGGACCUGCAUCCUGACGUCACAGAGGCCAUGCUCUACCAGAAGUUCUCUCCUGCUGGGCCCAUCACAUCCAUCCGCGUCUGCCGUGACGUCAUCACUCGCAGGUCCCUAGGAUACGCCUACAUCAACUUCCAGCAGCCCGCUGAUGGUAAUAUUAUUUUUGUGAUCAGAUUUGUACUCUGUAUCAAUCGUGGACAAAUUGAUACGCUGAUGGUAACUCACACCAUAUGAGAGAGUUUUCUGUCUCUUAGUUAGAGCCACUCCAAAGGUCAACUACAUUGAAGUAGCUAUUUGCUUUGAUCAAGUGGAUGUCAAGAAUAAUCCUGCUAAUGGAUUAAUAUUCCAAUGACUACACCAAUGCAAUCUUAUAUUAGUUUAUUCAUGGGCGUGUGUGAUUAGCAGAUGUCUGAUGCAGUGUUUCUCUUUAUACGUGUCAUUUUUUCAGCGGAAUGUGCUCUGGAUACGAUGAACUAUGAGGUCCUCAAGGGUCGGCCUAUCAGAAUAAUGUGGUCUCAGCGCGACCCAGGGCUACGGAAGUCAGGAGUUGGAAACAUUUUUAUCAAGAACAUGGACGAGUCCAUUGACAACAAGGCCCUGUAUGACACAUUCUCAGCCUUUGGGAAUAUUCUGUCUUGCAAGGUAGACAUUCCAUUCUUGUCUUUGAGUGUCAGGGCAUAAUUUCUCUGUACCUCAUUUCCAACAUGUACUUUAAAUUUCAGGUUGUGUGUGAUGAGAAUGGCUCCAAAGGCUACGGCUUUGUUCACUUUGAGACCCAAGAGGCAGCCAAUCGUGCCAUUGAUACCAUGAAUGGAAUGCUGUUGAAUGACCGGAAAGUGUGAGUGAACAAAUUCCUACCAAGAGCUAUUUAUUCUAUCCAUAAGGUACCUUUUAUAAUUUUUUUAACGUUUCAACCAAUCUAUAAACCACCUUGAAUUUAAUGAGAUGUAAGUAGGGGAAAAUGUAAAGGAAAUCUGUAAUGGUUAGGGAGGAAGAGGGACUAUUGAUUUGGUCAACGUUGUAUCAUUUUCAGACAGUGCUGCAUGUUUUUGCAGAUAACAUUUUCAUGUUCUUUGCUCAGGCUAGAGACAGGUAGUGACUCUGGCAUUGCAGACCCAAAAGCCCAUUUCCUGGGGGGGAAAUGUCAGUUGGCCACGAUUAGGUGAGGGAAAUGGUAGACAGUUGUUCCUGUCCUUUUUUUUUUUUUUUCUUUGAAUAAUGUUUGGUCUGUUGGCCACAAAGUUGAGACUUGCAAGACUUUCUAAAUAAAGCAUUGAAAACGCUUAUGCUGAAUGACAAUCUGCUGCCUAUACAUAAUUACCAGUAGUGCUUAAUGUAAAAUUAAAGGUAGACAUCAACCACUUGUCUCAUAUCUUGCCCUGUGUUCAUCAAGGUGAGAAAAUCAGUAAGUCUCCACACUUCUGAUAUUCUGGGUUAUGGAGCAGUUUGAGUUUGUUCUUUUGUGUAUAUAUACAUCCUCUGUUUUCUAAAAAAUACUGAUUGUAGUUUUUAUAUUUCUAUCUCUCAACUGUCCUUGGUGACGGGUGUGGUGUUCAGUUUUGUUGGCCACUUUAAGUCCCAUAAGGAGCGACAGGCUGAGUUUGGGGCCAAAGCCAUGAAGUUCACCAACGUGUACAUCAAGAACUUUGGCGAAGACUAUAGCGAUGAGAAACUCCAGGAUGUCUUCUCUGCAUUUGGUAAGAACAUCCUGAAAGUAGGACAUAUGACGAGCUUUGACAUGACUUCAUAUCCCUUUCUUUGGGCACUAGUAUAAAGUGGUGGUUUAUGUUAUAGUUAUUUGAUUUAAAUGAUCAUUCUAGAACAUCCAUGCAAUCAGAUGUAGUGGGUAUAUUAGCAUGAAAGCUUAUGAAAUCUAGGCUCCUUGUCUGUUCUUGGUCUCCCAGGCAGGACCCUCAGUGUGCGGGUGAUGAUGGACGAAAGGGGCCGGUCUCGUGGAUUUGGCUUUGUAAACUAUGAAAACCACGAGGAUGCACAAAGGGUUUGUAUUUGGGGUUUAAUGGGAAUACUCUGAAGUUGCUCCCAUACAGUGGGGGGAAAAAACAUUUAGUCAGCCACCAAUUGUGCAAGUUCUCCCACUUAAAAAGAUGAGAGAGGCCUGUAAUUUUCAUCAUAGGUACACGUCAACUAUGACAGACAAAAUGAGAAAAAAAAAUCCAGAAAAUCACAUUGUAGGAUUUUUAAUGAAUUUAUUUGCAAAUUAUGGUGGAAAAUAAGUAUUUGGUCAAUAACAAAAGUUUCUCAAUACUUUGUUAUAUACCCUUUGUUGGCAAUGACACAGGUCAAACGUUUUCUGUAAGUCUUCACAAGGUUUUCACACACUGUUUCUGGUAUUUUGGCCCAUUCUUCCAUGCAGAUCUCCUCAAGAGCAGUGAUGUUUUGGGGCUGUCGCUGGGCAACACGGACUUUCAACUCCCUCCAAAGAUUUUCUAUGGGGUUGAGAUCUGGAGACUGGCUAGGCCACUCCAGGACCUUGAAAUGCUUCUUACGAAGCCACUCCUUCGUUGCCCGGGCGGUGUGUUUGGGAUCAUUGUCAUGCUGAAAGACCCAGCCACGUUUCAUCUUCAAUGCCCUUGCUGAUGGAAGGAGGUUUUCACUCAAAAUCUCACGAUACAUGGCCCCAUUCAUUCUUUCCUUUACACGGAUCAGUCGUCCUGGUCCCUUUGCAGAAAAACAGCCCCAAAGCAUGAUGUUUCCACCCCCAUGCUUCACAGUAGGUAUGGUGUUCUUUGGAUGCAACUCAGCAUUCUUUGUCCUCCAAACACGACGAGUUGCGUUUUUACCAAAAAGUUAUAUUUUGGUUUCAUCUGACCAUAUGACAUUCUCCCAAUCCUCUUCUGGAUCAUCCAAAUGCACUCUAGCAAACUUCAGACGGGCCUGGACAUGUACUGGCUUAAGCAGGGGGACACGUCUGGCACUGCAGGAUUUGAGUCCCUGGCGGCGUAGUGUGUUACUGAUGGUAGGCUUUGUUACUUUGGUCCCAGCUCUCUGCAGGUCAUUCACUAGGUCCCCCCCAUGUGGUUCUGGGAUUUUUGCUCACCGUUCUUGUGAUCAUUUUGACCCCACGGGGUGAGAUCUUGCGUGGAGCCCCAGAUCGAGGGAGAUUAUCAGUGGUCUUGUAUGUCUUCCAUUUCCUAAUAAUUGCUCCCACAGUUGAUUUCUUCAAACCAAGCUGCUUACCUAUUGCAGAUUCAGUCUUCCCAGCCUGGUGCAGGUCUACAAUUUUGUUUCUGGUGUCCUUUGACAGCUCUUUGGUCUUGGCCAUAGUGGAGUUUGGAGUGUGACUGUUUGAGGUUGUGGACAGGUGUCUUUUAUACUGAUAACAAGUUCAAACAGGUGCCAUUAAUACAGGUAACGAGUGGAGGACAGAGGAGCCUCUUAAAGAAGAAGUUACAGGUCUGUGAGAGCCAGAAAUCUUGCUUGUUUGUAGGUGACCAAAUACUUAUUUUCCACCAUAAUUUGCAAAUAAAUUCAUUAAAAAUCCUACAAUGUGAUUUUCUGGAUUUUUUUCUCUCAAUUUGUCUGUCAUAGUUGACGUGUACCUAUGAUGAAAAUUACAGGCCUCUCUCAUGUUUUUAAGUGGGAGAACUUGCACAAUUGGUGGCUGACUAAAUACUUUUUUCCCCCCACUGUAUGUGCCAUCUCCUUGUCAACCAGCAGGCUGUCAUUAUAUUGUGAAAAUGGGGAACAUGACAUCUAAAAUGUGGCUUUUUGAGUUGAAUUUGAUGGACUUCUUUUAGGCAGUUGAGGAGAUGAAUGGGAAAGAACUCGUUCCUGGCCGAGUUCUGUAUGUGGGCCGUGCUCAGAAGAGGAUGGAGCGACAGGGUGAGCUGAAACGGAAGUUUGAGCUGAUCAAACAGGAACGCAUCCACCGCUAUCAGGUACUGUGGGGAAGUGCACACACCUGUGGCAUUAAGAAAAAUAGCUUUAAUGUAAGUUAAUAUAAUGUAUUUUCUUGUGUUGAUUCAGGGGGUCAAUUUGUACGUCAAGAACUUGGAUGAUGGGUUAGACGACGAGAAACUCAGGAAAGAGUUUGCCCCUUAUGGCACCAUCACCAGUGCCAAGGUAGAAAUACCCAUACUUUUCCAUGAGUAGUCAUUUCUGCCAUCCAAUGAUGUAUCACAAAGGCUGAAAGAAGUAUGUCUGGAUCUGUGUAAUAUCUCUGAACAUCUUAACAUGGUCUUCUGUAACCAUUGCCUCCACUUAGGUGAUGACGGACGGGGGCCACAGCAAGGGCUUCGGCUUUGUCUGUUUCUCAUCUCCUGAGGAGGCCACCAAAGCGGUGACUGAGAUGAACGGCCGCAUUGUGGCCACAAAGCCGCUGUACGUGGCUCUGGCCCAGCGCAAGGAGGAGCGGAAGGCCAUCCUCACCAACAAGUACAUGCAGAGGACCAUGCCUGGCCCAGUCAUCGACUCCUACCAGCAGGCAGGCUACUACAUGACUGCUGUGCCUCAGGUCCGUAGUACGGUUGGCGGGAGGGGGUAAUCACUAGAUGCAUCAUGCUAGAAUAGACAAAAUUAGAAUGCCUAUGUUACCUUUAGUCUUUUAUCACAGGGCUGGCCCUGGAAGAUGACGUUUUUAUCUGUAAGAAAUUGUUUUUUUGUAGCCCCCAAGUCGCACCUUCUACAACCCCAACCCUGUGAGCACCAUGAGGACGUCUCCUCGCUGGGCUGCACAGCCACCCAGACCACAGGGUGAGUUGGAGGCAGCACUCCCAUAUAAAUAUUUUUAUGAGAUACUGGAGCUAAAAGAAUUAUAGCAUUACUGCUACUCUAACAUGUUUAUUUGUUACAAGAAUGUGUUUGAUGCCCUAUUGACAUGGCAUGUGUUUUGCUGUCAGCACCCUACUCGGGCCAGUUUGUCAGGUCUGCUGUUCCCCGACGCGCCUCCACCCCCAUCAGCACCGUCAGACAGGCCUCCACCCAGGCUCCACGCAUCAUCAACUACACACAGAGGAUGGGUAAGGGCUACACACAAGCUUACUCAAAACAUAUAGUUGCUGUAAUGCGAGAACAGUAACUAAUGGACACCCCCCUCUCCAGCUAACAUUGGCACACAGACAGCAGGAGGUCGUGCAGGCAUGUCUGGUGGUAUGGUCCGAGGCACCCAGUAUAAGUACUCAUCAGGGGUGAGGAACUUACAGCAGGUCAUCACUAUGCCCGCACCAAUGGCAGUGCAGCAGGUAAUCUCCUAAAUUGCAUCCUUUCCCCAAAGAAAUACAAUGCAAUGCAAUAUAGCUGCAGAAUCGAAUAUUCUGUGUAGUUUCUUUCUUUUUUCCUGUAUUUUUAUUUUUUACAUUAAACUGUUCUUUUACUCCUGCUGUGUUGUAAGGUUGUUACCCAGCAGAUGAUGGAGCCAGCGGUGCAUGUCAGAGGCCAGGAACCCCUCACUGCCUCCAUGCUGGCUGCAGCCCCCCUCAUGGAGCAGAAACAGCUGCUUGGUAUGUAUCUGGAAUGGUAUUGGGGAGUGUUCAUGAUCUGUGAUGUUCUGCAGUGAAUCCUCUAUCGGAGGGUGUUGAGAUGCCUCACUGGCACUCUCCUCAAUCUAAUCUCAUUCUCUUUCCCUUGGUUUGCAGGUGAGCGAUUGUACCCUCUGAUCCAUGGCUUUCACCCCAACCUGGCUGGUAAAAUCACUGGGAUGCUGCUGGAGAUUGACAACUCUGAGCUUCUGCACAUGCUGGAGUCACCCGAGUCCCUGCACUCUAAGGUACGACAAGCUUCCAUUCACUCUGUCCUUUCAGAUCAAUGACCAGAAAGACAUUUUACAGGCAAAAAUUGGAAGCCAUUUAUGAUUGCUGGGAGUUUCUUGGUGGUGGGUUAUCAUGGUCAUAGUUGUUAUUGUGCUAAUCCCAUGUGUUUUGUCUUCACUGUUCUCUCCAGGUGGAUGAGGCGGUAGCUGUGCUGCAAGCCCACCAGGCAAAGGAAAACUCUCCUAAGUAG